AUGGAUAAUAAUACAACUCAAGCCUGUACAACAACAACAUCGAAUAAUGAACAACAAGAUUAUCAAUCAACAACUUUAAAUGCAGAUAAUAUGGCACGUUCAUUUUUUUUGCCAAUAUUUCCACCAAAAACAUCAAUUAUAACACUAGGUGUCAAUGAUCAUUUAUUAUUAGCUAAUGUACCAAAUAAUCAACUUACACCAGAUGAACUAUUACGACGUCAACAAGCUACAAAUAUAAUAGAUAAUUCGACAUUGAACAAUACGGAUAAUAGGCACGAACCGUUUUGUUUAUCUCCAAUAGAUAUUGAAGAAUUAUCGACAAGAUUACAAGUUAAAGAAUCAAUUAUUAUCUACAAUGCCGAUCGAUUACGUGUCAUUUGUGAUCAACUUUUUGGACUAUAUCAAUACUUUAGAAGAAAAGUACUUGCAAGACCAGAUGUUGCUUUAAAAGAACCAACUCUCAAUUCUAAACAAAUGUCUAUAAUAUUAGAAUUUUUCUUACAAAUCGAUGUCGAUGUAUUCUAUAUGAAAACAUGUCGAUUUCGUGAUGCUGAACCUUGCUCAUCAAUACAAGGUCUUUUCUGUAAUGAUGAAUCACCAAAAGCAAGAUAUAGUAUGGUUCCAUGUGGUACGACGAAUUGUCCAUGUUGUCAUUCCAUAGAAAAUAGUUCAAAUUAUCGUUUUGCCAAUGGAUAUACAACUUAUUUGAAUUGUCCAGCAACAUGUACAACAUCGAAUAUUGUUUAUGUUAUGACAUGUCCAUGUGGUCAAUAUUAA